CCUUGCUCACAGUGAGACAGAUUGAGGAGGGCGUCAAGGCAAACAGCAGCCCAACAGCCGGCUUAAAGAGUGGAAAUUAAUGAAGAUCACAGAUAAAAAGGAUUGCUAGGGAGUGGAGAAAAGCUGAAAAUUUGUGAUGCUGAGAAAGGGGGAGUGGGUUUGGGUGGACUCGGACAUCGGGGUCCCCAUUGGAGCGAGGGUCAAAGUAACACCAUCUGGCCAGCGGUUACUGGUGAACGAUGAGGGAAAGGAGCAGAGUCUGUCCCAGGAGCAGGAAGCUUCUCUCAAGAUCAUGCACCCUACAUCAGUGGAGGGUGUGGAAGACAUGAUAAAACUGGGAGACAUGACCGAGGCCGGCCUCCUCAGGAACCUGCUGCUUCGACACAAACAAGGCAUCAUUUAUACCUACACAGGCUCUGUGCUGGUGGCAGUAAACCCAUACCAGGAUUUUCCCUUAUAUUCAGCUGACCAGGUGAAGUUGUACCACGGUAGAAAGCUGGGGGAACUCCCUCCGCACAUCUUUGCCAUCGCUGAAGCCUGCUACAGUAACAUGACCCGCCAUCUCAGGAACCAGUGCUGCAUCAUCAGUGGGGAAUCUGGAGCAGGGAAGACCGAAAGCACCAAGCUGAUCCUUCAGUACUUGGCAGCAGUCAGUGGUGAGCUGUCUGAAAAGCGUAUUGAACAGCAGAUCCUGGAGUCCAACCCAAUACUAGAAGCGUUUGGAAAUGCUAAAACAAUCCGCAAUGACAACUCAAGUCGCUUUGGGAAAUAUUUGGAGAUCUUCUUCAAUGAGGACGGAGUGAUUGAAGGUGCUCGCGUGGAACAGUAUCUUCUGGAGAAGUCUCGUGUCUGCCAUCAGGCCCUGGAGGAGAGAAACUACCACAUGUUUUACUGCAUGCUGGCAGGAGUCACAGCUGAGGAGAAGAAGCUUUUGAGCCUUGGACAUGCUAAGGAAUACAAAUUCCUCACCAAGGGCGGCUGUAUCGUGUGUGGAGGCAGGGAUGAUGCCAAAGACUACAAGCGUAUUUGCUCUGCGAUGAAAAUCCUGACCUUCUCAGAAAGCCAGUGUCAGGAUAUCCUCAAGCUGCUGGCAGCCAUAUUACACCUGGGAAAUGUCUGCUUUGAGGGCAACACAAAAAAUAACUUGGAAACCAGUGAUGUCAGCAAGUCACAACACUUCAGCAUCGCAGCGUCUCUACUGGAGGUCCACAAGUCUACCCUGGCGUCAAGUUUGACACACCGUUCCUUCAUGACCAACAGAGAGAGGGUGACCAAACCCCUCAGCUGUGAGCAGGCCUCUGACUGCAGAGACGCCUUUGUCAAGGCAAUCUACAAUAAGCUGUUCAUCUGGAUCGUUGGGAAAAUCAACAGCGUCAUCUAUAAAAGGAUGACCAAAAGCACCAAAUCCUCCUUCCUGUCCAUCGGCCUGCUUGAUAUCUUUGGCUUUGAGAACUUCAGGACGAACAGCUUUGAGCAGUUGUGCAUUAAUUUUGCCAACGAGAAGCUUCAGCAGUUCUUCGUGGGCCACAUCUUCAAGCUGGAGCAGAAGGAGUACAUGAAGGAGGGCAUUGUGUGGAAUAACAUCAAUUUUAGUGACAAUCAGAACAUCCUGGAUCUCCUGGCUGGGACACACUGUAACCUGCUGGCUCUGAUUGAUGAAGAAAGCCAUUUUCCAAAGGGCUCAGAUGUCACUAUGCUAUAUAAGAUGAACAAGCAACACAAAGGGAAUAAGAUCUACAUCGCCUCCAGAAGUGAACAUGACACAGACUUUGGGAUUUGCCACUAUGCAGGAGUGGUUCACUACGACUCCAAAGGGUUCCUGGAAAAGAACAGAGAUGCCGUCAGUUCUGACAUAAUCAAGAUGGUUGAUGUGUCCACCAAUAAGCUGCUUCGUGGGAUAUUUGAGACUGAGCUUUCAACCAAUGGAGUGAAGAUCAGUAACAACAAGAAGGUCGUCAUAACACCUAAGAGCUCCCUACGGGCCCAGACUGACAACCGCAAACAAGUGGUGACGCUAAGCGGUCAGUUCCGUCAGUCCCUGGACUCCCUCAUGAAGGCUCUGUCCGCCUGCCAUCCUUUUUUCAUCCGCUGCUUCAAACCCAACAAUGACAAGCAGUCUAAGUUGUUUGACAGAGAGCUGUGUAUGCGUCAGCUAAGAUACUCCGGCAUGAUGGACACCAUACGCAUCCGGAAGCUGGGAUACCCAAUUCGCCACACCUUUGGAGAUUUCCUGAAGCGCUACAGGGUGCUCCUGAAGACGACCAUCUGUGACCCCAAAUCUGAGACAGCUGCUGCCUGUUGUGAAGCCAUCUGCAAGACAGUGAUUAAAGGAGAGGAUGAGUGGAAAAUAGGCAACACCAAGAUCUUCCUGAGGGACGCCCACGAUGCAGUCCUGGAACGGCUGAGGGAACAAGAGCUCAGCAGGAUAGCUCUGGUGAUCCAGAGGGUCAUGAUGGGACAUAAAGACAGAAAGUCUUUUCUGAAGAAGCGGAGGGCAGCGGUGGUGUUGCAGAAACGCUGGAGAGCUUACAGAGAGGCGAAAGUGCGAAGAAAGAUCAAGCUUGGUUUUGAACGGCUGGCAUCAAAGAUUCGUAGUCGGAAGCUUCGGUUACAGUACCAAAGACAGCGGGCAGCAGCACUGACAAUACAAACCCAGCUACGGGGCUACCGGGCGAGGAAGGGCUGCAAACAGAAGAGAGAGGCUGUCAUACUGCUGCAGGCUUACACCAGAGGAAUGCUGGCCAGAAAAACAGCACAGAAGAUGAGGAAUGAUGCCUACGUUUUACGCCUAGCAAAAGAGAACCAAGAGCAAAUUGCCAUAGAUCUUCCGGAGCGACUGAAAGAAGUUAUUGCCAAGUCUCCUCAAGCUGUAGAGGAGCCUGAGCCGAUCGUUGAACAUGAUUCAGAGGAGAGUAUGAUCUCGUAUGAUCUCCAGCCCACACCUCCUGUGGAAGUGGUCAAAAAGAAAGCACCAGAAUCAGAUGAAUUUGAGAAGAGGAGGAUCGUGCCAGAACCGGUGAAAGAAACCUCUGUUAAGACCUUAGUGCCAGAAAUCAAAAUUUCUACCUCACCCUCAACAACUCCUACCCCAUCGCUGGAGGAGGAUGAUGAUGAGUUUGAUGACGACAGCGAUGAGUUUUCGUUCCGCAAGUUCAGCAUCCUGCACUUCCAGGGCAAAGCUAGCCACAUGCACAUCAACCAGAGACUCAGGCAGCCUCUUCUGCACCAUGAUGAUGAGGGCGAUGUGCUGGCAUGUCAGACUGUAUGCUGGAUUAUAAUGCGUUUCAUGGGGGACCUACCAGAACCAAAAUCUCCAGACACAGUGUCUCAUGUGUCCAGCACCAUCUCACGUCUGACUCAUAGGCAAAACAGGAGGCUGAGCAAUCUAGUGGGACUGGACCAGAAAAUACUGAGGAAGAACAAGAAAAAGCUUGGAGGUGGAAACAGAAGAGCUUCUGCUAUUCUUGAGGAGCCUGAGAACUUCACAGAGGACGAGGACAUUCUGAUCGGAGAGGGUCCUUCACUUGAUCGGCCACUUUCAGCCCAGGAAAAACUCAACAUUAUCAUUGGAUACGCUCUAUCAAGACGAGACAUAAGGGAUGAGAUUUACUGCCAGAUCUGUAAGCAGCUGGUGAACAAUAAGAACAGGAAAAGCCGUAUGCAAGGCUGGAACCUUCUUUCCAUCUGUCUUGGGAUUUUCCCCCCGACAGAUCUCUUCAUGAAGUAUCUGGAGAGUUUUGUCCGCAAAGGGCCGAGUGGUUACGGAGAAUAUUGUAGUGAGCGCCUGCGUCGCAUCUUAGCCAAUGGAGAAAGGAAAGAGUUGCCCUGUUGGAUAGAGCUACAGGCUGCCAAGACCAAGGAGCCCAUAGAUGUGUCUGUGACUCUAAUUGACGACCGAACUGUCAGUCUACACCUGGACUCAGCCUCCACUUCUGCUGAAGUCUGCCAAGCUUUAGCUAACAAGAUCAAUCUUCGAGACACAUAUGGAUUCUCCCUGUACAUCACUCUCUUUGAAAAAAUGUGGUCUCUGGGCAGCUGUGGAAAGCAUGUGUUCGAUGCAGUGUCUCAGUGCGAGCAGGAGAUGAGGAGGCAGGGCAAGGAGGAGAAGAACACCCCCUGGAAGCUCUCCAUCCGCAAGGAAAUGUUCACACCUUGGCAUGACUGCUCAAUAGACCCGAUCAGCACGGAUCUGAUCUACAGACAGGCCGUCAAGGGAAUCAAGUCGGGAGAAUACACCAAUGAGAAGGAGGAUGAAUAUGUCAACCUGGCAGUAAAGCACUAUUACAUCCAGUUUGGCUCCACACACAACAAAGACAACGUCCGGAAGGUGGUUGAGGAGUUCAUCGCCACCCCACUUAUUGAGAACAAAUCUAUGACAAAGUGGAUCGAACUCAUCAGCACAGCAUAUUUACAGAGUCCUUACUUAAACGGGAAGCAGAACAAAGAAAGCGUAAAAGGAGAACUGGUCGACAGCUCCCGACAGAAAUGGCCCCUUUACUUCUCCAAGUUUUAUGAAGUUACAAUGAUGUCAGGACCUCCUUUGCCCAAAAGCAGGUUUGUUGUGGCUGUAAACUGGAAUGGCAUCCUCUUCAUGGAUGGAAGAGACAAGAAACUCCUUGAGCUUCCUUACUUAGAGAUAAAAGAAGUGCAUAUGAUAAGUGAGAGCAAUAUCAUUGCUCAGACGAUGAAUUUGGCCACAGUCAGAGGAGAGUUUGUCCUGAAGUCUGGGGAAGCUGCGGACAUGGCAGCACUUAUAAAGAAUCACCUGGAAGGGCUGAGACAGCGCUCAGUGUACGCACUGGCUCAGCAGGAUUCCAGCAAAACAGAUGACCCCUUGAUCCUGGUUUGUAAACGAGGGGACCUGCUGCUGCUGGAGGAAGAUGAAGAGUGUUCUCCUGAUAAGAACUGGAUCAGAGCAGCCAACCAGCGGACCAAUAGCAGCGGUGUGGUCUAUAAGGAUGCAGUGCAAUUUCUGCCAACUCUCACUAAGCCCUCUGAAGACAUUCUGGACCUGCUCAGUCCAGGCCAGAAGAAAGUUUCACUAACACCAAACGCCCCACAGAGAGAUGAAACUGUGGCUCCUGUCUCUUUAAAAGAGUUUGCACUUGAGAGCUUCAGACCUCCAGCUAAUGUUGGUCGACAUGGUGCGUCAAGAGGGGUCGGCAAGGAGAAGCUGUGGGUUUGUUCCAAAGAACCUCUUAAACAGCCGCUGAUGAAGUACCUGGUCCGCAACUCUGACCUCAGCAACCUUGCCUGCAACGCCUUCACUGCUAUCCUAAAGUACAUGGGCGACUACCCCAUCAAACAUGUUCGCAGUCCCAUAGAGCUGACCGAUCAGAUCUUUGGUCCAGCCACCCAGCAUGAAGCUUUGCAGGACGAGAUCUACUGCCAGAUUAUGAGACAGAUGACCAACAACAACAACAGGUUGAGCAUGGAGCGUGGGUGGCAGCUAAUGUGGUUGUGUUCAGGCUUGUUCCCGCCGAGUCCCAAUUUGAUGAGACACACUCAGCGCUUCCUAGAGUCCCGGCCCAGAGACCAGCUGGCUGCUGGCUGCCUGCAGAGGCUGCAGGGGAUGCGCAGUAAGGAGCCCAGGAAGUUUCCUCCCCAUCAGGUAGAAGUGGACGCCAUCCAACAGAACAGCGCCCAGAUCUUCCAUAAAGUCCACUUCCCAAAUGACACGAAUGAGAUAUUAGAGGUGAAAUCGACAACCACAAUCAAAGACCUGUGCUACAAUAUUGCCUCUGAGCUCAAAUUGAGCUCAGCUGACGGAUAUGGCCUGUUCCUGAAAACACCCAACAAGAUCAUGAGCUUGGAUGAGCAGGAAUAUUUCUUUGACAGUUUAAGGCAGACUUCAGACCCUCCUAAGAAAGCAAAAAAAGUGAAAGAAGUAACCCAGACCAACAUGCUCUACCUGGUGAUCUUUAAGAGGAAGCUCUGGUUCAAUGUGAGCCCAGGGAAAGACCUGGUUGCAGACCUCACUUUCCAUUUCCCACAGGAGGUGCCUAAGUACCUGAAGGGAUACCACAACUGCACCAAAGAAGACAUGAUCAAUCUGGGCGGGCUGCUCUUCAGAGUCGAAGUUGAUUCAGACAGGUCGCAGUUUGUCAUGAUCCCCAAAAUGCUGAGGGAGCUGGUUCCUGCUGACCAGAUAAAAAGCAUGUCCCCUGAAGAAUGGAAGAAGCACAUUAUCUCUUCCUACAACAAGCAGAGUGGCAUCACGGUGCAGGAGGCUAAAAUCGCCUUCCUGAAAGCCAUUUCAAGUUGGCCAACCUUCGGCUGUGCCUUCUUUACAGUUAAACAAACGUGUGAAUCUAGCUACCCAAAUAUAGUUUUGAUUGCCAUCAGCAAGCAAGGUGUCAGCUUCAUAGACCCAAAGACAAAGGAGGUGCUGAUAAUGCACCCGUUCAGCCGCAUCACAGAAUACCUCAGCGAGGGUGGCUACUUCCAGAUGACCAUCGGUACCCUGGUGAGGGGCGUCGACUUCGUCUGUGAAACCUCACAGGCCGACACGAUGGAGGACCUUCUGAGAUCCUACUUCAGCAUGUACGAGAGGCAGAGGGAGGCCUUUCGACCAAGGAACCAGAUGUUUUCAUAAUGUUUCAAGGGCAAAAGAAGAGACUGAACUCCUGGGAUUUCUAUGUACUUUUGAUCACAUUUGAUUACAUUAAUGUAAAUUGCCAUUGUGAAAACUGUUGAGUGAAAUUAGUGGUAUUAAACUAAAAUAAGUUGGA